AAAAAAUUCACUCACCAAUCAAACACUAAAAAAUAUUUUUCACUCGCCAACCAAAAAAUAAGUAGAAAACCAACUUAUUUUCUAGAAAAACUUUUUCCAUGAAAAAUAUUUUCCGUCGCACGAAACACACCCUGAGAGACAUUUUCUUCCAUACCAAACACAACCCUGCGAGCGAAGUCACAAUCGUUCUUUAAUGAACAAAAAUAUCAAGAUAUGUGUACUAGGGAACAAAAUAAAUCGCGACCAAGCUUCAAUCACAUCAAAACCCGUAGUUAAUAGUGGUAAUAGUAGUUGAAAUAUCCAUAAUCCUUCAAAGGAGAAAUCCUCAAGCAGGGCCAUGUAAAAUCUCUCAAUGUUCAAUCAACAAUCAACCAUUUGGAUAAACCUAUAAAUUCCCACCACCACAAAAAUCUCAAAUUCUCUUCUCAUAAAGCGAAAAAAAUAAAAAAAAAGCAAAAAAAGAGAAAGAUCUCCUCAGUAACAUUGUGCAUCACCAUGACUACUUCUUGUUCAACUUUCUUUUCAUCAUCAAUUCUCAAUAUACCCAAUUCCAAAACCCCAUCUCACAAAAACAUCCCUUUUACCCAAAUCAAGAUUCAUAAAUCAAGAAACCCAAAUGGGUACCAUUUCAUUUCUAAGUCUGUUAGUGUGGAUAACCCCACUACUGUUUCUUCAUUGAAUUUAGAUGAAGGAGUUGAUGCCGCGGCAAUUGGGAAAGUUGGGUCUAAGGUUAGGGUUACGGUUCCAGUGAAAGUGUACCAUGUGCCAAAAGUUCCCGAACUGGAUUUGAAUGGAAGAAUUGGGACGUUGAAGCAGUAUGUGGCUAUUUAUAAAGGGAAACAAAUAUCAGCUAAUUUUCCUUACAAAGUGGAGUUCGUGGUAGAUAAUUUGGAAGGACGAAGUGCUCCGGUUAAGUUCGCUGCACACCUUAAGGAAGAUGAGUUUGAGUUUCUUGAAUGAUGCAUUUCAGUUUUGGUAACAAUUUUUAAUGUGUUUAAAUGAACUUUUUAUGUAUCACUGAUAUAUCUGAAAAAUAAUAAUCAUGUGUACAAGUAUUGUUUUGUGUAUCAUUUUGUAGAUUUAGUUUUCUAAAAGUAAAAAAAACGGUUACUUUAGUUUA